GUCUUCGACUACACCUUCGCGGCGAACUGCCCGGUCUGCCGCAGCUAUGGCAACAGCACCCUCAAGGAGCUCUUCGACACGCCCGGCGUGGCGGAGGGUGUGGACUUUCAGAUGCAUUUGGCCAUCCGCAAAGGCUUUGCCGGCUAUCAGUGCGUCUCCGAAGCGCCCGGCUGCCCCAUGACACGUUAUUUCCUGUGUGCCCAGCACAUGGCCAACAGCAGCAAGAGCAUGGCACCGCUGAUGGC